AUGUCGUCCAGGGCGCCACUCGUCGACCGGCCUGAGAUCAAAUCGGCGAGUCUGCACAAUCCCACGCCGCUUCUGCUUCACACAUACAUCUGGCCCUUCCUGAUCUUAUGGCCUGCCUUUUUCAGCUUCUAUCUUUCGCAGGAGAGCUAUGACAAAUACAUCAACGGCCAGGAGUGGACCUUCGUCUUCUCCGGCAGCAUCGUCACCCUCCAGUCGCUACUAUGGCUCAUGACAUUUUGGAACGUCAACAUCCGCGCACUCUUCACGGCGACACGAGCGAAGGACGUCCAGAAUGCGGGUCUCAUCAAAGUCAUCCCUCAGGAGAACGCCGGCGCGAGCGAGAUCUGCGAGAUCAAGAAAGAGCGAGUUGCGGGCAGGGAGAGCACCAGUUUUUUGUUCCAGAAGAGGCGCUUUCUGUGGAAUGAGGAGAAAGGCACAUUCGCGCCACUGGCUUACAGCAUCGAUCAGGAGCCCAAGCCUCUGAUCAAGGAGUUUCAGCAGUCAAAGGGUCUGACAAAUGGAUCGGAGAUUGAGAAGUUCCAGCAGUACUACGGACAGAAUGUCUUCGACAUCCCAGUACCGACAUUUACGGAACUGUUCAAGGAACAUGCGGUCGCUCCAUUCUUCGUCUUCCAGAUCUUCUGUGUUGGACUCUGGAUGCUGGACGAGUACUGGUACUACUCACUCUUUACACUGUUCAUGCUGGUGGUCUUCGAGUCCACGGUUGUGUGGCAGCGUCAGCGAACCCUGAAGGAGUUCCGGGGCAUGAGCAUCAAGCCGUACGCAGUUUGGGUAUACCGACAGAACAAGUGGACAGAGGUACAGAGUGAUGCACUUCUUCCAGGAGAUCUGGUGUCAGUGGGCAGAACCAAGGAAGACUCGGGAGUUGCAUGCGACAUGAUAUUGGCCGAGGGCAGUGCCAUCGUUAACGAGGCUAUGCUGUCGGGUGAGAGUACGCCUGUGCUCAAGGACUCGGUACAGCUGCGACCCGCGGACGCAAGACUGGAGCCGGAGGGUCUGGAUAAGAACGCAUUCCUCUGGGGAGGUACAAAGGUCUUGCAAGUACAACGCGGCAAUGGCUCGGCGGACUCAUCAUCAGAGGCUGUACCUCAGAUCUCGUCGGGCGUGCCACCAGCUCCAGAUGGUGGCGCCCUGGCUAUCGUGAUCAAGACUGGAUUUGAGACCAACCAGGGUGCACUGGUCCGAACCAUGAUAUACUCGACAGAGCGUGUGUCUGCCAACAACGUCGAAGCCCUCCUGUUCAUCCUGUUCUUGACUUUCUUCGCUGUUGUUGCGUCUUGGUACGUAUGGCAGGAGGGCGUCAAGCAGGACCGCAAGCGAUCGAAGCUGCUGCUGGACUGUGUUCUCAUCGUCACAUCCGUCGUACCACCAGAGCUUCCCAUGGAGCUCAGUCUGGCUGUCAACACAAGUCUUGCAGCAUUAAGCAAGUACGCCAUCUUCUGUACUGAGCCUUUCCGGAUACCAUUCGCCGGACGCGUGGACGUCGCUUGUUUCGACAAGACUGGAACGCUGACCGGCGAGGACCUGGUGGUUGACGGUAUUGCUGGCCUCUUCUUGGGCAGGAAUGACGUUCGAACCGAAUCCGAUGGCGCACAAAGUCAGCUCACCAGAGUCACAGACGUUGGUCAAGAAACCGCUUUGACACUCGCGACUGCUCACGCUCUGGUGAAGCUUGAGGACGGUGACGUGGUUGGCGAACCUAUGGAAAAAGCUACUCUGCAGUCGCUGGGAUGGGUGCUCAACAAGAACGAUACCUUGAGCCCGAAAGUCGGGGGCGGCAACUCUGUUCAGAUCAAGCGCCGCUUCCAGUUCUCAUCUGCCCUCAAGCGACAAAGCUCCGUGGCUACUGCUGUCACAGUUGAUCGUCAGACUGGUAGGAAGUCCAAAGGCACCUUCGUUGGCGUCAAGGGCGCGCCUGAGACCAUCCGCAAAAUGCUUAUCGACGCUCCGACCAAGUACGAAGAGACUUUCAAGUUCUUCAGCAGGAACGGAGCACGUGUGCUGGCGCUGGGCUACAGAUACUUGUCCACAAAUGAUGAGCUCUCACCAAAGAAGAUCAACGACCUUAAGCGCGAAGACGUGGAGCAGCAGCUUCACUUCGCCGGGUUCCUCAUUCUGCAAUGCCCUCUCAAACCGGAUGCCAUCAAGGCAGUGCGCAUGCUCAACGACAGCAGCCACCGUGUGGUAAUGAUUACGGGAGACAACCCGCUUACUGCUGUACAUGUUGCGCGGCAGGUGGAGAUUGUCGAUCGAGAAGUUCUCAUCCUUGAUGCCCCCGAGCACGACGACAGCGGCGAGAAGCUGGUAUGGCGAAGCGUAGACGACAAGACUAAUGUCCCCGUCGAUGCUACAAAGGACCUCGAUCUAGAAGGUGUACUCAAGAACAAGGAUCUCUGCGUCACCGGAUAUGGUCUGGCCAAAUUCCGAGACAAGAAGGCGUGGCACUCGCUGCUGCGACAUGCUUGGGUGUACGCCAGAGUCUCACCAAAGCAGAAGGAAGACAUCCUGCUCGGUCUCAAAGAGCAAGGUUACACCACGCUCAUGGCUGGAGAUGGCACAAAUGAUGUCGGAGCGCUCAAGCAAGCACAUGUUGGUGUUGCUUUGUUGAACGGCACUAAGGAGGACAUGGACAGGAUCAGCAAGAACUUCCGCGAGACGAAGAUGAAGGAGAUUUACGAAAAGCAAAAGGCUAUGAUGCAGCGGUUCAACCAGCCAGACCCUCCGGUACCGGCACACAUCGCUCAUCUCUAUCCACCUGGACCUAAGAAUCCACACUACGACAAGGCUAUGGAGCGGGAGCAGUCCACGAAGACUCAGAUCUUGGCACAGAGGGAAGCUGAGGCGAAUGCCACUGCCAAUGGUACCAUGGAGAAGUACACACCGGCGGUCCAGGCAGCCGAACAAACCAACGGACAGCCCAAGUCGCCUCAGGAGCUCAAGAAGGGAAAAGCACAGGCUGCAGCUAGCUCGAUGGCCGAGAAGCUCUCCAUGUCUAUGCUGGAGGACGAACUCAACGCAGACGAGCCACCGACGAUCAAGCUUGGCGAUGCGUCUGUCGCCGCGCCCUUUACCAGUAAACUUGCCAACGUCGUUGCCAUUCCCAACAUCAUCCGACAAGGACGAUGCACUUUGGUGGCGACAAUCCAGAUGUACAAGAUCUUGGCGCUGAACUGCUUGAUUAGUGCUUACAGUUUGAGCGUCCUGUACCUGGAUGGCAUCAAGUUCGGAGAUGGACAAGUGACAAUAAGUGGAAUGCUCAUGAGUGUCUGCUUCUUGAGCAUCUCCCGCGCGAAGCCUGUCGAGGCACUCUCCAAAGAGCGCCCACAGAACAACAUCUGGAAUUGGUACAUCAUACCGUCUGUGCUCGCACAAUUCGCGGUCCACAUCGCCACCCUGAUCUACAUCUCAAACUUCGUCCGCAAGUUUGAGACCCAAAAGGACCGCAGCGAAAUCGACCUUGAGGGUGAGUUCCAGCCAUCACUGCUGAACUCUGCCAUCUACCUCCUCCAGCUCAUCCAGCAAAUCUCGACCUUCGCCAUCAACUACCAGGGCAGACCCUUCCGUGAGUCCAUUAAGGAGAACAAGGGCAUGUACUGGGGCAUCGUGCUUGUUACGUCGGUCGCUUUCUCCUGUGCCACCGAGUUCAUCCCUGAGAUCAACGAGAAGCUGAAGCUUGUGCCGUUCGAGACGGAGUUCAAGAUUCAUCUUGUGGCAGUUAUGGUGUUGGACUAUGUUGGAUGCUGGACUUUUGAGAAGGUACUCAAGACGCUGUUUAGCGAUUACAAGCCUAAAGAUAUCGCGGUCAGGAGGCCGGACCAGCUUGAGAGGGAGCAGAAGAGGUUGGCUGCUGAGCAAGAAGCGGCAGAUCGAGCUAAGGAGGAAGCUGCUGGGAAGGCGUGA